AGGACGGGACAGGGAGGAGGGCGGGAGGGAGAGGGAGGAAGGGGCGCCAGCGGCGGGCGGGAUCGUGCGAGGCGCGUGAAGCCUCGCUGGCGCCUCGUCCGGGACCCAGACGCUGGCGGCCGUGGAGUUUCUCACGACCGGCGGAGCUCUCCCUCUGCUGACUACAUUUCAGAAAACAUCAACUCUUCUCAGCGGACCAAUUCUUCAAGUGAAAUAUACCUGUACUGUUUUAAAAAGCUUUGUGCUUCAUCAUGGAAAAAUUUACCCCCCCAAAAAUGAAAAUGAAGACAUUUGAGAAGGUGAUUUAAGGUGUGGAUAUUUGAGAAAGUAUCCCAUCAAAUCAUUGAACCUAAGGAUAAGGAUUAAAUAGAUUAAUCCUAAACACUUCUCUUUUAAACCAGGAGGAUUUCAUCUUAACAGAAAAACAACUUUUAUUCAAUAUGUAUUUUCUGAAAUUAAAAGAGAGAGACAAAAGUAGACUUAAAAGAAAAUAGGUGAAAAUGGUUAGUAAAUAAGCAGUGUCAACUCUUUUCUGAUGAGGAUAAUUCAGUGAUGUUAAAUCCUUUCCAAAUCCCUGGUUGUCGUCCUGAAGACAAGACUGUUUUUUGAUGGGACAUCUGAUACUAGGGGAAGUGGGACCUUCUGUGUAUUCAGCUCACAGUUGUAGAAGAUGCAGUCAUUGGCAUGAGUGGCUUAAAAGAGGAAAUACAGCAGUUUUCAAUUAAAUCCAAAAGUACAGUCAUUUUUUUACUCCUGUGAUUGUAAAAGCCUCUUCAUAACCACUGAAAAAGAAUUGACAACUAUUUUAAAAGAUUAAAGAAAGGCAGAUGUCUGCAAACAAUUCCCCUCCAUCAGCCCAGAAGUCUGUAUUACCUGCAACUCUUCCUGCUGUGCUUCCCACUCCUUCUCCGUGUUCAAGUCCUAAAACAGGACUCUCUGCCCGGCUCUCUAAUGGAAGCUUCAGUGCACCAUCACUCACCAACUCCAGAGGCUCAGAGCAUACAAUUUCAUUUCUGCUGCAAAUUGGCCUUACACGGGAAAGUGUUACCAUUGAAGCCCAGGAACUAUCUUUAUCUGCUGUCAAGGAUCUUGUGUGCUCCAUUGUUUAUCAAAAGUUUCCAGAGUGUGGAUUCUUUGGCAUGUAUGACAAAAUUCUUCUCUUUCGCCAUGACAUGAACUCAGAAAAUAUUUUGCAGCUGAUUACCUCAGCAGAUGAAAUACAUGAAGGAGACCUAGUAGAAGUUGUUCUUUCAGCUUUGGCCACAGUAGAAGACUUCCAGAUUCGUCCACAUACUCUCUAUGUACAUUCUUACAAAGCUCCUACUUUUUGUGAUUAUUGUGGUGAGAUGCUCUGGGGAUUGGUACGUCAAGGACUGAAAUGUGAAGGCUGUGGAUUAAAUUAUCAUAAACGAUGUGCCUUCAAGAUUCCAAAUAACUGUAGUGGAGUAAGAAAGAGACGUCUAUCAAAUGUAUCUCUGCCAGGACCUGGCCUCUCAGUUCCAAGACUCCUACAGACUGAAUAUGUACCCCUUCCCACAGAGGAGUCACAUGUUCACCAAGAACCAAGUAAGAGAAUUCCUUCUUGGAGUGGUCGCCCAAUCUGGAUGGAAAAGAUGGUAAUGUGCAGAGUAAAAGUUCCACACACAUUUGCUGUUCACUCUUACACCCGCCCCACAAUAUGUCAGUACUGCAAGCGGUUACUGAAAGGCCUCUUUCGCCAAGGAAUGCAGUGUAAAGAUUGUAAAUUCAACUGCCAUAAACGCUGUGCAUCAAAAGUACCAAGAGACUGUCUUGGAGAAGUCACUUUCAAUGGAGAACCUUCCAGUCUGGGAACAGAUACAGAUAUACCAAUGGAUAUUGACAGUAGUGACAUGAACAGUGAUGGUAGCCGGGGCUUGGAUGACAUUGAAGAACCAUCUCCUCCAGAAGAUAAAAUGUUCUUCUUGGAUCCGUCUGAUCUUGAUGUGGAAAGAGAUGAGGAAGCUGUGAAAACCAUCAGUCCGUCAACAAGCAGUAAUAUUCCGCUGAUGAGGGUUGUACAGUCCAUCAAGCACACAAAGAGGAAGAGCAGCACGAUGGUGAAGGAAGGGUGGAUGGUCCAUUACACCAGCAGGGACACCCUGAGAAAGAGGCAUUAUUGGAGACUGGACAGCAAAUGUCUCACAUUAUUUCAAAAUGAAUCUGGAUCAAAGUAUUAUAAGGAAAUUCCACUUUCAGAAAUUCUCCGCAUAUCUUCGCCACAAGAUUUCACAAACAUUUCACAAGGCAGCAACCCACACUGUUUUGAAAUCAUCACUGACACUAUGGUAUACUUUGUUGGGGAGAACAAUGGAGACAGUUCCCACAAUCCUGUUCUUGCUGCCACUGGAAUUGGAGUUGAUGUAGCACAGAGCUGGGAAAAAGCAAUUCGCCAAGCUCUCAUGCCUGUUACCCCUCAAGCAAGUGUUUGCACUUCUCCGGGGCAAGGGAAAGAUCACAAAGAUUUAUCUACUAGUAUCUCUGUAUCUAACUGUCAGAUCCAGGAAAAUGUGGACAUUAGUACUGUUUACCAGAUCUUUGCCGAUGAGGUGCUUGGUUCAGGCCAGUUUGGCAUCGUCUAUGGAGGAAAACACAGAAAGACUGGAAGGGAUGUGGCUAUUAAAGUAAUUGAUAAGAUGAGAUUCCCCACAAAACAGGAAAGUCAACUCCGUAAUGAAGUGGCUAUUUUACAGAAUUUGCACCAUCCUGGGAUUGUAAACCUGGAAUGCAUGUUUGAAACUCCGGAACGAGUUUUUGUAGUAAUGGAAAAGCUGCAUGGCGAUAUGUUGGAAAUGAUUCUGUCCAGUGAGAAAAGUCGACUUCCAGAACGAAUUACUAAAUUCAUGGUGACACAGAUCCUUGUUGCCUUGAGGAAUCUACAUUUUAAAAAUAUUGUGCACUGUGAUUUAAAGCCAGAAAAUGUGCUGCUCGCAUCAGCAGAGCCAUUUCCUCAGGUGAAGCUAUGUGACUUUGGUUUUGCACGCAUCAUUGGUGAAAAGUCAUUCAGGAGGUCUGUGGUGGGGACUCCAGCAUACUUAGCCCCUGAAGUGCUCAGGAGCAAAGGUUACAACCGUUCUCUAGAUAUGUGGUCAGUGGGAGUUAUCGUCUAUGUGAGCCUCAGUGGCACAUUUCCUUUUAAUGAAGAUGAAGAUAUAAAUGACCAAAUCCAAAAUGCUGCGUUUAUGUACCCACCAAAUCCGUGGAGAGAAAUUUCUGGUGAAGCAAUUGACUUGAUAAACAACCUCCUUCAAGUGAAGAUGAGAAAGCGCUACAGUGUGGACAAAUCUCUCAGCCAUCCCUGGCUGCAGGACUAUCAGACUUGGCUUGACCUUAGAGAAUUUGAAACUCGCAUUGGUGAACGUUACAUUACGCACGAAAGUGACGAUGCCCGCUGGGAAAUACAUGCAUACACCCACAAUCUUGUGUACCCAAAGCACUUCAUUAUGGCUCCCAAUCCAGAUGAUAUGGAAGAAGAUCCUUAGUUGUCAAUGAGCUAACGUCAGUAAGGAAGGAUUUCACGUUAUGAACUGAUACUUUGCCGCACAACUGUUGUUCUUUGUAGGUUAUCAUCUGCAAGGAUGCGAAGAUACGGGGAAAUGUGAUAAGGAAUCCGUGACACCAAUACUGUAGUUCAUCGUGAGAAGGUACAAGAGGGGAAACUGAGUAAUAAGAACACAUAACGGAACCAAGAUGAAGCUUUUCAUAAAUUUUUAUAGCAUAAGCAA